GAUGUAUUAUUUAUUGUUUAUAGACGUUAGCACAGUUUGUAUUUGUCACGACAUUAUAAUGAAAACUUGGGAACAAGACUAAAUCUAGUCUAGAAUCUGCGAAUGAAAAUGAUUCUAAGAUGGAGACACUCAACAUUUGUAGCAUUGUAUCUGAUUGCAUUGAGUCAAGGCCAUUAUGUUGACACCACCACUAUAUAUGAAUCCAUGGGUAACUUUACUGCAUGUGAAAAAUCCAAGAGCGACAUCCACUGGAUCUCCCCAAAAACAAACGCUAUAAUCACAGGGAAAAACAAAGACCUGUCUAGAAGCUGCCAGCUCAAGUUUGGUUUGGCCGUCCCCCCCUCCAGUCAGACUAGACUAAGACUACACUUUCAUUUCCUGUACAUUGAAGACUGCAUUGUUCAACUACAAAUCAACGAAUCAGCCACAAAUGAUUUUAAAACAUCGACAACGAACAGAGAAAUGUUUUUUACCAGCUGUAAUGCCCAAAACCCAGGAUCUUUGUAUGCCCAGCCAAAAAACUUUGUUCUCAUCAGUCUGAUGAUUACCAAGAAUACAAGUGUUGCUUUCAACUUCUACAUGAACAUCACGGCUGCAGAGGAGUUGCCCAUUACCGGCGUUGAGCUGCAUGUGGUGGUGGUUGUAGGAUUUGUCUCUGUCUUGGUGGUUAUCAUAGCCUCGGUCAUCUUGUUCCAGUAUUUGACGCGCCUAUCGGAGCGCUGGCACGAGCGCAGAGUUGAGGCUGAGAUGACGCGAGCCAUCAACAUUUUCAACUCGCAGGAGCCGCUACAGGAGCAGGACUUGAUGUUCAUCACACCUGGGGUACGACCUCGGCCCAAAGGGACCCAAAUAGCUUUUGUUCAUCCAGAUGGCCGCAUUGAAAGAUUCCGUCCUCUGGACAGUGAAACCACCAGCAGCAGCAGCACAGCUGUGACAUCAGUCUCACCUGCUAGACGGAGAUCAAAUCCAACUCAGACACACCAGGCCAAACACAAGCCAGGGGACAGUGAUGACAGCCCGUACUUCAUGUUCCAGCCUAUGAGGGUUGGCAUUGACGCGGUCCCCUCAACAGCCCAGUCUGAUACUCAGAAUGGCAUGGCUGAUCAAUCAGAUGCUGUCUCACUCGGGGGGUCCGAACUGCCACCCUCGUAUGAGGAAGCCCUAGAGAUGCCACGCCCUAGCCACCAUGGGGCGCUAAACGUUAACACACCCGAUGCCAUUGAGGAGGAAGAUUGUGAUGCUGUCGGGGAGGGGGGCAGACUGGAGUUGAAUUAUAUGAACGUGGCACCUGGUGCACACCAGGGCGCUGGUGCACAUAUAGGUGCUGGUGCACACGGGGAAACGGAUGCACAUAUGGACACAGACGUGAGUGACUCAGAAAUGUGUGACAGUGCUCAAGCCUUGCUGUCGUCAAAAAGGGAUUAAAGGUUGAAUGUGUCAGGGUGAUAAGUACAUGUGUGAUGAGUUCAGCCUUGUUUUAUAGGAUAAACCACAUGAAUGUGAACUUUGAAGAUAUGUAAGUAAGUUAGCCACCAGUGAUGAUAUGUACGUAGGUUAGCCACCAAUGAUGAUAUGUACCUAAGUUAGCCAACAGGGAUGAUAUGUACCUAGGUUAGCCAACAAUGAUGAUAUGUACCUAGGUUAGCCACCAAUGCAAUAGUGUAACAUAUGUUUUACUGCUUUUAUUUUAAAUAUUCAAUUUUUACAAAUUGUUUUUAAAAGUUUAUAAAAUCAUUUGAGAUUGAAUGUACUCCAUUUUACUAAGAUAUAGGAAAGAUGGAAUGAAAAUGUUUGUUAAUGAGAGUUCCUGUUCUUUUGUGUUGUGAAACAGUUUAUGUUACCUGUAACUAAAUGUAAAUCCUAUGGUAGCUAAAUGCUGAGAUUGUGCUAACUACAUGUUACAUGCCUAAGCUGACAAAACAACAACAUUUUUUAUCUUCACUUCAUUUUAACAAGCAUUUUUGUGCCCAUUCCAGGUAGAUGAGGCAUACUAAAUCCCAAUAUACUAUUUCAAUCUAUAUGCCUAGGGCAGAUAUUAAAGUUAAAAAAAAAGCUUUUUGAUAAUAGAAAGUACCAAAAAUUUUAUAAUAGCAGAAAUUAAAUGAGAUCAUGUUUGUCAUAUAUUACUAUAACUACUGUGAUUAUAAGCAUAAUUAAUAUUUCUUAAUUGCAGAUGUCAUUAAUUUAACAUAUCUGUAUCCUACUUGUUUUUUUUAAUUUACUACAGCCGAACUUAAAUAUAUUUUUUCUAGUUCUACGUAAAUGUAUUUCUUAAAUGAAUGAAUGUGAUUUUUGACCUUUCUUAUUGAAUUUACAUUGCACAGCCAUUGUAUGUUGUCCACACAUUUUCAACCCUGCUGUCAUUCAGUUUUCUGGUUCAUUCAGUGUUGUGUGGGCUCCUGCAUACUGCUAAUUUCACUGAGCAAAACAUUACAACAGUAUAAUUAUUUUUGUUUGAUUACAAGAUGAAAGCAAUGCUUUUUUUUAAAAAUGGGUAGGCCCAUUACUAUUCACUAAUAAUAUGCAAACAUUUAUAUUUAAGUAUGCAUUCUAAAAAAUGUUCUAAAAUUAUUUCUUUCCUUUGAAGGCUUAUUUUACUUGUAAUUCUAUUCACUGAAAAGAUUUUUUUAAUAGAAAUUUGGUUGUCCUAUUUCUUAUGUUGUUUUAUUUAUGCAUGUUAUUUUAAAUAUUUUAUGCUGGUGCUACUUAAGUAAGUCAUUUUUCUAAAAAAAAAAACAAUUACCAGAUUGAUUGCAUUUAUUUGUUUUGUACACAAUUUUACUUGUGAUUAUUGUUUUUGUACAAACACAAUUAUUUGAUAUCCUUGAAGCCAGUGGUGUGCUUUUAUUUUCCCCUCACCUAAUUUGUAAUGAACUUUUCUUUUUUUUUGACUGAAAAGGUUUUUAAACUUAAUUUGUUGAGGUUUUUCUUUGUUUCACAUACCAAACUAAGUGUGCUAAAUGAUGACAAAGUAGACCUGUUGACAUGGAAAUAAAAUAAAUAUAAAACUUGGAUCCAGUGGAAAACAAAGAAAACAAAUAUUCUUAUACAUUACCAGUAUUUUAUUAAUAUUUACUAUAUAUUUUAUGCUUACCGUUUAAGGCAUUUACCCAUGUCUGUUGUUUGUAUUUUCUACUGUUUUAUUAUUCAAAGUUUUUCAAUUCUUGCAGACAAUCAACUGAUCUCCUACAGUAGCUCCUUACACUUGUGUUUUUUUUACUGUAAACCAAAUUUUCUUUGUCACUAAUACCACUGUUAUCUUAUUUGAUGAAGUAACUUGGUUUUAUUUGUUCUUAGUGCAGCCGGUCAGUAUUUUAUAUCAUUGCAACAGCUAGUCAUUAUUUCAUUGAACCACAACAGCCUGACAAAUUACAUCUCUACUACAAGAACGUAAAAUAAUGUUCACUGGUCAACUUUUCAGAAAUACUACCAAUAAUUAAGCCAAUUUAUCCUAUCAAAGGUGAUCUAGAAUUUUCUUCACAUUUCAGUAUUUUAUAUUUUCACCUCCCCCUGCUUGUGUAAUUUACUUUAUAAGAUAAAUUAUAAAGAUCCAAAGACAAUUCUGUUUGCCCAUCUUAAGUAGAUUUUUUUACAUUGUUUCAAAGUGGUUGCGAUUGACUGUUUACUCAUUGUCAACCUUUCAACUCACCUGCGCAAAAUAAAAAUAAAUUUUUUGCCAUUUAAUUACCAGUGCAAAAUAAGAAAAAAAAAAUGUUUUUACUGUUGUGCCAUGAAUGUUACUGCAUUUAUUACUUGAAUGUCUUGUAGGCUCAUUUACCAGUGUUUUUAGAAAAAAACUGAAAUGGUGUGUUGGUUAGCAGAAAUGCUUGACAGUGAUGUGCAGCUUAAUUGGAUAUUUCAGAUUGUAUAUAAUUUUUUAAAAUAUUAUUUUAGUUAGAAUAUAUAUAACUUGUAUUUGACAUGUUUGAAUUUGAUAAUGUAAUUUUAAAAUGCUUAAGUAUGUAUACCCAUAAUUUAUUCGCAUGCAUUUCAUUAAUCUUAAGCCCUCCAAUUCCCCACUCAGUAUGCCAGUAUUUAUAAGUUUUACAUAAAAAAAUAAUCAGAAAAUAUUUUUGCAUUAUCUUAUUAGAUAAUUUUUACUCUUGUGUGAUCUAUUUCAACCGCUUUAUUUUUUGUAUAAUUCUUUUAAUAAUCAGAGCAAAUUUUAAAACUCAAGUAAUGAGGAAAAAUGUAUGAAGAGAAAAACUACUAAGAGCAUUUCUUAAGCCAAAUUUUAGGUUUAGUUAUGUUGCUGAAAUCUGUUUUAAAAAUAGUAGAGUUGAUAAGAUUAUAGCAAGAUUAAUUUAUAAUAUUGUACAAACCAAGAAUAAAGAAAAUUAAUUUGAUUAAACGAACUAAAAUAUUUAAAACCUAACAUGUAACAAAUCAAUAAAGAGACUAGAAAAAAAUUAUUGCCCGACGUUAUUGAUUGAAAAUCAUAUUCUGUGCAGCUUUUGUUGAGAUUAAUUUAAAAUAAUUUAACUUUUGUUUGAUGCAUAAUUGUAUCUAUUGUUUCCUGCAAUUGUAUGUCAAUGCACAAUUAGCUAUACAAAUUGUAUUUGUUUGAUUUUUUUUGUCACUAGAUACAUUUAUGUAUUAAAAUAGCUUACAUACAUUGUUUAAGCAA